AUUUAAUGGCAAUAAUAAUCUGAAGCGCAUUUGAAAACGAGGUCACUUCCUGUGACCUGCGGCCAUUUCCUUCUCUGCAAACGAGCAGCACAUCAUCUGGUUUUGAAUCCCCGCUCAUUGAAUCCCUGCUUAUCCUGGCGUGUCAUUGGGUAGGCUGCGGAGAGAGGGCUUUCCCCAGAGCCGCUCUGUUUUCCCACUCUUCUGAAUAAUCACUGCGUGACCAGAUUACUGACAGCCGGUUGCUUUAACGUCUCCGGGAACUGCCGGACAUUGAACUCAGAGAUCGACUCCAAGGAGAGCGGGGCAUUCCUGGAAAGGAGCAGCUGUUUUCUGGUUAGAGCUGACUGGUUAAACGUGAAUGGUGACACAGUGCACGUAGCACCAUUUAAAGCCUACAACACUGGUAGGGGACUGCUGUAGUUUGUGUAAAGCACGUGCAAAGAAGACUUCAAACGGAAUGGGAAUUUCAAGUGUGUGCUUGUUUGUGUAUGCGUAUGGGUGCAUUUGUGUGUGUGUGCUUGCAUGCGAGCGUGCACGUUUCGGAUGACUAAUAUCAGAACGACUGUUCUAAAUGAUUAGAACGUAGAAAACCCAAAUAGUUGGAUAGACAGUCGGCAGAUAGACCGAGAGGUCGUGGAAUUAGUAAAAUUCUUCAAAGGCUUCCUGGAGCCUGGUUAGAUGCAUUCCGUCUCGGAUUCAAGGACAGGGAGAGGGAGAGAGAGGGAGCGAGAGGGAGCGAGAGAGUGUGGGGGCAGGCCAGAGGAUACGGAAUUUCAGAGGAGGCCCCUCUGCUUCCCAUUGGCUGGUGGGAGUCACAUGGUCAGGGUGUGGAGCUUCUCUUCUAUGAGCUGUGGACUUGGAAGUUGACAUGGAUUAGCUCUGCAGCGGCAGUAGGAAGCGAGGAGCCGACAGGAGAAUCCAAAAUGGAUAUGACAAACCUCUUCAAACAUUUCUUCCGAAUCGGGAAGGUUCGGCGGAAGCCCAGCAUGAGGGACACGGCCUCCAACGCCGACUCCGACUUGUUCGCGGACAACGGGGAGCGGCUGUACGACCUCAACCUGCCGGCGCUGGUCAAGUUCAGCUACGCGGCCGAGCGCGAGGACGAGCUGUCACUGGCCAAGGGGACGCGGGUGGUCGUCAUGGAGAAGUGCAGCGACGGCUGGUGGCGGGGCAGCUACGAGGGCCGCUCGGGCUGGUUCCCCUCCAACUACGUGACGGAGGACCCGGACGGCUCGGCGAGCGACGCGGCGCUCUCGCUGACGGAGAAGCUGGCGGCGGCGGUGCACGGGGCCAACGGGAGCGGCUCGCUGCACGCCGUCCAGGCGCUCUACCCCUUCAGCUCCGGCAACGACGAGGAGCUGAGCUUCGAGAAGGGCGAGGUGAUGGAGGUGGUGGAGAAGCCCGAGAACGACCCCGAGUGGUGGAAGUGCCGCAAGGCCGACGGCCAGCUGGGGCUGGUGCCCAAGAACUACGUCACCAUGCUGCAGGACUCCCACGGCAACGCCCCCGGCGACGCCGGCCCGCCCACCCCCGACUGCGACUACAUCGAGCCCUCGGACAGCGGCAGGUUCGCCGGGCGCCAGUGGUACUACGGCAAGGUGACCCGGCACCAGGCCGAGGUGGCCCUCAACCAGAGGGGCGAGGAGGGCGACUUCCUCAUCAGGGACAGCGAGUCUUCGCCCAACGACUUCUCCAUCUCCUUGAAGGCCCGCAGCAAGAACAAGCAUUUCAAAGUGCAGCUGAAGGAGGGUCUCUACUGCAUCGGACAGCGCAAAUUCCACUCCAUGGAGGAGCUGGUGGACCAUUACAAAAAGGCUCCCAUUUUCACCAGCGAACAGGGAGACAAACUCUACCUGAUCAAGGCUCUGACCUCUUCCUGAUCACAGCAGAACUCCAGCACAAAAAACUUCUUCCUGGCUGGUGGAAACUCUAAUCAUUUCAAGAGGCGAUGGAUAAAUCCCUGUGGACUCCUAUGUAUGGGGCAAAGAAACUUCUGGGGUUCCAUUUGGUUAGUUGAUUUCACGAGCCACGGGCUCACAGACAAUUCAGUGUAUGUUGAAUUAAGCAUCUAUAAAUCAUACUUCAGUUCUGUUCAUAUGUAUAAUUUUUAAAGCUUCCUUUGAUUAAAUGUGACAUUUUCUUAAAAAAAAAAAAGCGUGAUCGAAAGGUGUAUUAAGAAGUGUCUGUUGUCAAUCCAGCUUGGAAAUCACACAUUCAAAAAGAUCACAUUUUACCCUCUUCCACUGCCACAGGUAUCUAAGGUGUCACAAUUUUUUACUAACUGUGCAUUCAGAAUAGUUUAUUUUUGUAGAAAAGAUAGUGCUUAGUACUGAAAAAGUGAUUACAAAUGACCAAAGUGUAUUUAUUGGUGGCGUAGGUGCAUGUUCUAGGACAUUGUCCUCACGUGACAGUUUACGGAAGAAAGUUUUUUUGUUGCAGAGUUUAAUGCCUAUGCCAGCACAGGGAUGGGAGUGAUCACUGGUUGCCAUGACAGCUGAAGUGAUGUAUGAUGAGGGUAUUCCUCCAUGCGAAUGGGCCAUAGUUGCGAGACAUCAGGCCGGCUCUGGUCGGGGUUAUGCCCGUCUCCGUGGAGACGAACCAGGGACAGCAGUGGCCGCAUGGCUCGCUGAUGAAUGAGUCAUGUUAAGUUUUUCACCCCUCUCUUCUCAGACUGUGCGGAGCAUGUGUCUCCCGAUAUGUGUACGUGCCCUUGUGUGUCCAGAUUAGACUGUCAAUUUGCAACAGACGCUGACGUUGGCUGAAGAUGGAGAUGUGUUCUUGUUUGUGGCAGGUUAAAAUUAUAUGUGUGUGUCUGGGGUGUGUGUGACAUGUGUCUAUAUUAUGUUGCAAGAUGGUACCUCUGGUGCAGUUAUGUUUCUCCAAGUGGCAUAAUCUAAGCAGUCACCAGCUAGCACCAGCUAGAGAGGUGUAAAACAUGGUAUGCGGUAACUCUUUGUGCUUAAUGUCUGAAUGCUGUGUGGGAGCGCUUUGGUGCUUUUUGUCUUUUUGUGAAUCUUACAUUGUGGUAAGGGAGGCUAAGCAUUUCAGAAAACUCGCUUCUCCUUCAUACCAAAAAAGAAAAAAAACUACGGUGGCUGCUUAUUGAGAAUGUGGUCUGUAAUGCUGUUCAGAGCUCCUUGUUUUUGAGAAUGCGUCUCAAAGUUCACGGGCUUGACAUGACAAAGAUUGGAAGGGAGGCUGAACCAUGUUCUUUUCUGCCAGGAAACCGGCCUUUUGGCCUGCAUUGAAUGUGAAACGGUCGUUGUUACGGAAACUCUCCCCCCGGGUCUUUGGGAACCGAGCGGGGGGACUUUCCGCGGGAGGGAAAAUGAGCUUGGACGUCAGCCAGGGAGCUCGUCGGAACCUCAAACGAUUUUCCCAGCUGCGGGAGCGUGACCUGUGUACGAGCGCGGGGCGAAGGUUUUUUGGGAUCGCAGAUGGAAAAGUUAACGGACGCACGUAGGGAGAAACCGUUUCUGGAUUAGAUUUUGGUGGAUGUGAGUCAGGCUCAAUAGACGCAUAAAACGGUUGGACUUUCAGUACCCCGGUGCGAGUGAGUGAAUAAGUGAGUGAGUGAGAGAAGAAGGGAGGAGUGGAGCAGUGGAGGAGUGGUCAGAUGCUAGUGCUUGGGUCCUUGUGAAUUUGUGCCUUUGCCACUGCUUUCCAAACCAAAGGUCUAGCGUCACUGUUGACAGGUGGUUUUUCACAACUCAUUUGAUGUUUUUUUUUUUCUUUGAAUAUGUGCGUCAUCGGAUUCUGAAACUGAUAUGUGGCAGAAAUGUGCUGACGCUCACGACACAUUCUGCAACUUCCUCGUUACGCUAAUUUCUGUGGCCAUUCAAAAAAACAUGUAUUUAAUUCGACCCGACUUAAUGAAAGAGCACGGCAUGCUGAAUACAUGAUUUGGAUGUAUUUCAAAUAAGAUUCAUGUCUGUAGUAUCAAGUGACCUUAACAGACUAUACUGUAGGUUGAUUUUUUAAUAAUCUGUGAUAUGCUUAGAUUACGAUUUAGCCUACCUGUAUAGUAGUUGCCCGGUAAUGGUGAUUUAUAAUAGUUUUUAAAGUCAUUCCAGAUAUAACAUUAUACAGGAUUAUACCAGGGCCACUGCCUUUUGUAUAUUGGAAUUUAUUUUCUCUUUGGCAGCCUUGUGAAAUAUGGAAGAAAGUAUCGUUCUUCAGUUUCAUGCUCUGCACAGUAUUGCUGAUGGGGUCACACACCUUUGCUUUAAAAUGAAUAAAUAAAUAAAUAAAUAUAAAACAGCCCUUCUGAGUUUCUCAGUGAAAAUCUCCCAUCAGGCUUCAUGAUUGAGCUUGAACUAUCAAAACUUGCUUGUAUUCCCCCAAAUCCCAGAAGUUCCUAGUACCACAAGAUGCUGCUUAUCCAAGGUCUAUUUGGCAACCUCUGGUGAGAAUUGAAAAGAUUCUAACUGCUUCCCCAAUUCAGACAGAUUUUGAACCCCAAGGAAAUCUUUCUUCUUCUUUUUCAAGUUCUACAUUUCAGGCCGGAGAUUGGAUAAGGUGCAGCUUGUGGGAUGUGAAAUGUAGGUGCACAGGGUAGGUGUGAACAGUGGGGCCACAAUGUGAAAAUGAAAAAAAAAAACUGUUUUAUAGAGCUGGGAGUUUAUUCUCUUCUAAUUCAGCAAGAUAUAUGCGUGCUCACAGAAAAUAAUAAAAUAAAAUGGCCGACUUAAAUGAACAUUGUCUGGUCUUUAUAUUUGAGACACUGAAAACGAAGUACUUCCAACAAGCUCAGCUCUGAAUUUGAGGCAGCCAUCAUUUAGUGUAACCAGUAAAUAGCAUUUGAGCCAUUGAUUUGCUGAAUCAAACUUGGAGGCAGGGUCCUAGUCCUGAUUAAGUGGCUUAUUCUGAGAUAAUAUACAUAAUAUAUAAUAUAUAGUAUGUACUUGAUGCACAGCAUCAGCCAUAACCACCUUGAAACUCUGGCCAUCCAAUGGUAGGUUUGUAAACACGCUGGCCCGAGGUCAACUCAAAGGCUGUUGUAGGCUGUUAUCAGUGUUGUAGUUUCUGACUUACUGCUUUACACGCAGUGUUAGUCACGGCCUCACAAAGUUAUAAAGGAUUAUGGACCAUCUGUAAAUUCAUCUGAUUUGUGCUCUUUACAAACAUGAAUGUCCUUCAUUUUUGAAGGAUGUUCAUAUUUCAGACCAUUAACUCUCUUAGUCUGAAAGGAGCUUUCAUCAGCAAGCAAAUUCCAAUAAAUCAUUGGUGGGUUUUUGGAGGGUAGAUUAAUGCUUUCCAAGAAGAUUUAACUCAUACUUACAGUAAUGCAACAGUACCAUGUCACUAUGUCCUCUCAACAUAAUAAAUGGUUUUGCAUGAA